GCAAUAACUGGUUGAUUGUAGGUGAUUGAAGCUAAAUCAGAGAUGAAGGAGAAGCCUAAAAAGGCUGAUGUCCCAGUUCAUAUUACAGCGAGCAAUGAUCCAGUUCCCAUCACGGAGGAGGCAGAAGAACUUGAUCAGAACACCUUUAGUAUUUGUAAAGAAAGAAUGAGACCUGUAAAGGCAGCACUGAAGCAAUUGGACAGACCUGAAAAGGGCCUCUCAGAAAAAGAGCAACUAGAACAUACCAGGCAGUGCCUGAUUAAAAUUGGAGACCACAUCACUGAAUGCUUGAAAGAAUACUCAAAUCCAGAACAAAUCAAACAAUGGCGAAAAAAUCUCUGGAUAUUUGUUUCAAAGUUCACAGAAUUUGACGCAAGAAAGCUACACAAGCUAUACAAACAUGCAAUCAAGAAACGACUGGAGAACUCUCGGCAUAAUGAUCAACACAGUGGUAGUCUCAACAUCCAUAAUGCCAAACACACAGAAUCUGAAAAACCCAAGGAGAAUUCUCACAAUGAUGAUAGCAGUAGGGAUAGCCAUUCAUCUGAACGACACCACUCAUCACAUUAUCAUGACCAUCACAGAGAUCGACACCAUGGGGAUUCCUCUCGAAAAGGCGAUUCCUCGAGAAAGAGACCAUAUUCCUCAUUUAGCAAUGGCAAAGACCAUCGAGACAGAGAUCAUUACAGGUCAGAUGGCAGGUACUACAGUGAAAGCAAACACAGAAAACUUGAUCACAGAAAUCGUGAACACCGGUCUGGCACGGAGGCCAGUUCAAAGGAGAGCAGAUCUCAUGUAGAUCACAGAUCCAGUUCAGAGCAUCGAUCACAUUCAGAUCACCGAUCCAGUUCAGAAUACUCAGGCCAUCACAAAUCCUCCAGGGAUUACAGAUACCACUCAGACUGGCCAGUGGACCACAGACCAUCUGGUAGUGGACCAAGGUCACCCUUGGACCAGAGGUCCCCUUAUGACUCCAGAUCACCGUUGGAACACAGAUCUCCCCUUGAGUACUCCUCUGAUCACAAAAGUACACCUGAGCACAUCUGGAACAGCCGUAAAACAUAACAGGGCAUGUGAUGCCAGGUCUUCACCCAAUGCAGCCAUAAAAACGUGAACACAGUAAAUGCCUUAUGUGACUUAAAAUGUGCAGACAAGAUCUGCUUCUCGAGCAGUGGUAUUAUUACUCCUCCUUACAGGUCUCAAGGUUGUUAUCUCAAGAAGAAAAUAUUUUUGUAAUGAGGUUAAAGCUGUACUGUGCUGCAAUCUUUGUGGCAUGUUUUGUUCCUUAUUUUUACUUUAAACAUGGAUAUGUUUACUACUGCAUUUAUUGGAAAACUGCCCCAAACACACUGGAUCAUAGUAUUCAUUCUUCUCCGAUCUGGCGGCUUCAGUCCCCUGAAUUAUGUGUUGUAGAACAACAAAUUUAAAUCCAUUUAACAAAGAUUAUGCAGGAACUUAGGAACGGAGUAAGAAUUUAGACUGUUCAAAAGGUAGAAGACUGGUUCACCUUCCAAAGUUAUUUGUAUUGAGUCUGUUUACAUUUUACACUGCGACCACAUUGCCCAUUCUCGGCAAGCUUGAAUAUUUAAAUUCUGUACUUACAACUGUAAAAUAUUUUUUGUUGAUCAAUUGUAAUGCCUUUGAAGAUAUAAUACUGUAAAUUAUUGUAAAUUUAGUGGAUUGAAUCUGAACUUUUUAUCUUCUCAGGCUUUUUUGACAACUUUCCUUUCCCCACCAACUCAGGCCUUCACAUCAUGAGUAUAAAAUCUGUGUAGUACAGUUUUUAAUGAAUUGUCAUUGAUGAAAUUGCUAUUUAGAAUGUAAAAGGGGAAAGGGAAGAUCAGUUCCAUUAUAUUUAGUCCAUUAGUGCUUUUUUUUAUUGAUAACUUGUAUUAGAAAUGUGUUUAUUUACUUUAAAAAGUCAGUGUUGUGAUUGCUGUAGUAACUAAAUAGUGCAAAAAAACUUACAGAUCCAGAUGUCAGAUUAUAGUUUCAGAUACAUUUUAUAAACGAAUAGAAACUUUCCCUCCCCUUAAGAUUAAAUCUGCAACAAGAACAAUAAAAUGAGCUGAAUUUGAUAUAACACCUUCCCUAUUCUUGUUUUCCCUAUAAAAAUGGGCAAUAAAAUGAAACAAUGUGCUAUGCAUACAAUGAAUUUUCAGUGUAUUGGUAAACUAGGGAAACUAGAUGUUGUUAUAAUGCACCCCAAUUGUAAAUAUAUACUGUAUAUUACAAAUUAAAUUUACAGAGAACUGUGUGGAUUUCUGACAUCUUUUUCACUGUGCAAGAAAAAUGUCAGAUUUGUACAAACCGACAAAUUCAUAAAAGUCUCUUCCCAUCCCCUUUGUUUUGCCAGAACGUAUCAAAGACUUUUUAAUAAAGUAAUUUUGUAACUCUCCCAUACAAAUGUGUGGUUCAAAUUGGUAAGCAUUGGCAGAUCUGCUAAAAGCUAAUACAGAUGGCAACUUAACUGUGAAAAAAUAAUUACACAAGAACUGUUGUAGAGAUGUACAUAUAAUUUUGUAUGCAAAUAUAUUCUAAUCUGAAAAAUGUGUGAUCUAUGCCAUUCAAUCUCAUCUUCCCACUCCUGAAAAAUGUGGUAAUUCAAGGAGAAAUGAUCAAUGCUGUUCUUUUACUUGAGCUCUAAAAGUAUUUUUGUAGUUCCAUAAAAUAAUUGAAUUAAUGUGUCAUUAAAGGGCUGAAUAAAUUAUAUUCUAUUGCAUACAUAACUAUGAUAUAGAAUAAAGCAUGGGAAGGCUGUACCUCAAUCAAAGGAUUGUGAUGAAGAAUUAAAUGUUGAGAGUGAA